UAUUUUGUUCCUCUCUAUCACAAGACACAAGUGACAACCAUCCCCCUGCCUACACCUCACUCACUCUAUUUAUCCUCCUUUGCUCACUCCAAUUUAGUGUAGUCACCUUCAAUACAGAGAGAAGAGAUAACAGAAGCAGUAGACAUUGCAAAGAAAAAAAUGGGUAAUUAUAGGUUUAGAUUAUCAGAUAUGGUACCAAAUACUUGGUUUUACAAGCUCAAGGACAUGAGUACCAAUAGCAAAAGCCAAACGAAGAAAAGCCAAACAUCAUCAUCCUCAUUAUCAUCUUCAUCUUCUUCAAUAUUUUCCUCAAAAUCAUCAAAUCUUCAACAAAACCAUAACAACAACUUGUCAUGCCAAAGAAAAUCCUAUUACUUUUCAAGAAACCUUAGUCCUAAGAAUAAUCCAAUUCCCAACAACAUUAAUAUCUCAGAGCCACAAAAAAAAUCUUCCAAGAAAAAGAGGAACACUACUAGGAAAUCAAGAACAUCAAUUUCUCCUAGGUUUGUUAAUUCAACUGUCUCAGCAGGCUGCAAUUGCCGUGCUUCUCUUGAAUCUGUUUGGACAAAAGACAAUUCCACUACUCCUGAAGAUUACCCUAAUUCCCCUUUUUCAUCUUCUUCUAAUUUUUCUUCUGAACAAGAAUCCUCUGUCCACUCUCCUAAAACAUUUGAUUCCAUGAUUCUGUCUGCAUCUUGUCAUUGCAAAAUCCACAAUGAUCAUGGGUUUGACUCUGUUGAUCAUCCUCCAAUUUUGACCAAGCCCAAAAAACAUCAAGAUUCAACAAAUGGUAUCAAGAAAAUGGAAGAAAAAACAGAGCAUAAAUCUUUAACAGUGAAGAUAGUGAAAAAAGAAGAAUGUACUAUUACAAGUCCAAAGAGAAGAGUUUCAGUGAGUUCAUCAAAUGGUGGGGUUAAGCUGAGAACAAAAUCUCCAAGAAUUGUAAGCAGAAAAAGUGUAUCUUCAAGUAAAAAAACAAGUGUUGGUGAAAGUUUUGCAGUGGUGAAAUCAUCUAAAGAUCCACAGAGAGAUUUUAAAGAAUCAAUGGUGGAGAUGAUAGUCGAGAAUAACAUAAGAACAUCUAAAGAUUUAGAACAACUUCUUGCUUGUUAUCUUUCGUUGAAUUCAGAUCAGUAUCAUGAUCUUAUCAUCAAGGUUUUCAAGCAAAUUUGGUUUGAUAUUACUGAUGUUCAGCUAAAAUAGGGCAAGUCUGGUCAGGAGGAGUCAUCUCGUGUUCACGCCGGGACUCACAAUGUAACGUAGGCAGUCUACCUAGGCUGAUUCUACCCCUAGAACCCAAGACUUAUAAGUUAAAUAGAAAUAACUUUGUCGUCUUCGAGGCUUCCCUACUUAUAUUAUUAAGCUAAAAUAUUUUUUGUAAAUUUUGUUAAGUAUAGUUAUUAUGAUAAUGUGUAUAAGUAGAAAUUCCAAUGUUUUAAUGAA